UUUUAGCCUGCACACCAGAGAUUGCGGGAAGACAGACCGUGGGGGGGUGUUCAUUCACGGGUUUCUCGAAUUUUCAUCUCCCCGUCCCCUUUCCGAAAAACAAACAUCCCGGUAGUAGGGCAUUGUUUGUGGUCCAGUGGUCUGGAACGGAGCAAAAGCGACGAGCGGCAGAGAGGGUUUUCUUCCUUGGUUUCAUCGGCGGUCUGAUCUGUGAGCGGCACGCUGAUGGCGGUCACUAUCGAGGAUCUCUAUCGGAGCUACGGGGUCCUUGCUGAUGCUAAGGACAACCUCAGUCAGCACAAAGAUGCAUACCAGGUAAUCCUGGAUGGUGUGAAGGGUGGCCCAAAAGAGAAGCGCCUGGCAGCACAGUUUAUUCCCAAGUUCUUCAGCAGCUUUCCAGAUCUGGCCGAUGCAGCUAUUAAUGCUCAGCUCGAUCUUUGUGAAGAUGAGGACGUGUCGAUCCGACGGCAAGCCAUCAAGGAGCUCCCACGGUUUGCAACUGGCGAGAACAUCCUCAGAGUUGCAGAUAUUCUCACCCAGCUCCUUCAGACAGAUGAUACAGCAGAGUUCAACCAAGUGAAUGGAGCACUUAUUUCUAUCUUCAAGAUAGAUGCUAAGGGUACUCUCGGGGGCCUCUUCUCACAGAUCCUGCAGGGAGAGGACAUAGUGCGGGAAAGAGCCAUAAAGUUUCUGUCAACCAAACUGAAGACCCUGACAGAGGACGUCAUGACAAAGGAGGUGGAGGAAUACGUCUUUGCAGAGACAAAGAAGGUGCUGGAGGAUGUGACGGGAGAGGAGUUUGUGCUGUUGAUGCGUGUUGUGUCGGGCCUGCGGGUGCUGCAGACAGUGAACGGGCGACAGCAGCUGGUGGAGCUGGUGGUGGAGCAGGCUUUCCUGGAGCAAGCCCUCAACCCAGCCGACCCAGACACUGUUGACCGCCUGCUGCAGUGCACACGCCAGGCCUUGCCCCUCUUCUCUAAAAAUGUCCAUUCCACACGUUUUGUAACCUACUUUUGUGAACACGUCCUGCCCAACCUCAGCGCCCUGACAAGUCCUGUGGCAGAGCUAGACAUUCAGCUGGAGGUGCUGAAGCUGCUGGCUGAGAUGAGUCCGUUCUGCGGAGAUAUGGAGAAGCUGGAGGCCAACCUCAACAUGCUGUUUACCAAGCUGCUGGAGUUCAUGCCUCUUCCACCAGAAGAAGUGGAGAACGGAGAGAACUCUGCGAGUGAAGAGCCCAAACUGCAGUUCAGCUACGUGGAGUGUCUCCUCUUCGCCUUUCACCAGCUGGGCAAGAAGCUGCCAGACUUCCUUCUUGACAAAGUUGAUGCUGAGCGCCUCAAAGACUUCAAGAUCAGGUUACAGUAUUUUGCCAGAGGCCUGCAGGUUUACAUCAGACAGCUGCGAGUAGCGCUGCAAGGCAAGACGGGAGACGCUCUGAAGACAGAAGAGAAUAAGAUCAAAGUGGUGGCCCUCAAGAUCACGAACAACAUCAACGUCCUCAUCAAGGAUCUCUUCCACAACCCUCCAUCAUUCAAGAGCACAGUCACUCUGUCCUGGAAACCAGUCCAGAAGUCAGAAGCAGUAGCGCCCAAGCGCCCGUCAGCUGAGGAGAUGGGCUCCGGUGGCAGCACAAAGAAACAGAUCUCUCCUCAGCCCCGGAGGGACGCACGGCAAAUCUAUAAUCCCCCCAGCGGCAAAUACAGUGCCACCAUCGGCAAUUUUACCUAUGAGCAGCGCGGUGGCUUCAGGGGCGGCCGAGGACGAGGCUUCGGAGGCAGAGGCAACAGGAGUCGAGGCCGGAUCUACUGAGGCCUCUCUCUCUCUCUCACACACACACACACACACACACACACACACACACACACACACACACACACACACAGUACAUAUUGCUCAUUGAACUGCAUUACAUCAGGAUCUUUUCCGCACCAAGAUGGACUAUUUGUCAACUUCUCCUCUUUUUUUUUUUUUUUUCAAACUGGUCUCCUUGUCUUUUUCACUUUCCAACUCACACAUCCAGUUUUGUGUCAUUUUUGGAGGGGUGGGGGUUUGGUUUCCUGUCCUCAGAAUAUCAGACAAUGGGUUCAGACUUCAACAUUUUCUCCCCAUAAUCCUCUUGGCCAAGGCGAUAGUCUAAGUAAAUCUAAAUGUUUUCUCCCCCCUUAAUUUUUAAAAUAUUAUUCUGUGUAUUUUUGUGGAACAAAAGACUGCCAAGUUGUAACUGAUAAAUAUUUUUGUUGGAUUGUUGUAGGAAAAGAUGAAGAUCCUCUUGCUUGGAACAUGUUGAUGAAUGCAUUUCUUUAUACCUUUUUUAUUUAAUCUUGUUUUCUUUUUUUAUUAGAGCUUAAGUUGAAUUGGCUGACUAUGCUACUUUGUAUGAAUCAAUGAUGUUUCAUUGGAGUUUUUAUCAUAAACUUGUAUGGAAGUAUGAA